GCUCAAGAUGUGCUUCCCAAGCCGGCGGACGACGGUGCGCCGAAACCGGAAGAGGUGGCGGUGUCGGAAGCGGCAGAAGGGUGUAACGGGGUCAGCAUGGAAACCGGCGCCCCGGCUCCACAGCCAGAGCCUCCCAAGGAGGAAGUCCUUCAGCCUCCAGCCUCUGAGCUCAUGACGACGCACAUGGUGAUCAACCCGCCCAUGGAGGAUCCCUCCAUCACUUACCCUCUGGAUUUCGAGCGGUACUGGAGGGCGGCUCAGGAGAACCCCCUCGAUUUCACGGCCUGGACAGAACUGCUGCAGUACGUGGAGCAAGAGAACCACAUUUACGCCGCCCGCAAAGCCUUCGACAGCUUCUUUCUACGGUACCCGUAUUGCUACGGUUAUUGGAAGAAGUACGCGGACAUGGAGCGGCGCUUUGACUUCAUCAAGGAGACGGAGGAGGUUUUCCAACGAGGCCUCCAGUCGAUCCCCCUCAGCAUGGAUCUGUGGAUCCAUUACAUCUCCUUCCUGCAGUCCACUUUGGAUAUGAACCUUCCUGAUUCGGCUCAGAAAAUCUGUGGCACCUUCGAAUCGGCCGUGGCGGCUGCCGGCGUGGAUUUCCGCUCGGACAAGCUGUGGGAGAUGUACGUGGAGUGGCAGAAGGAGCAAGGGGACCUGAGGGCCAUCACGGCCAUUUAUGACCGAGUGCUCAGCACGCCGACCCAGCUGUAUAACCACCACUGGGAAAAGUUCAAAGAGCAUGUGGCCAUGCACUACCCCAAGGAUAUUAUUUCCGUGGAGGAGCUUCUCUGGCUUCAGAACAAGAUGGCCUCCGAGACCGGGGCCAAGGCCACAGAAAUGGAGGUGGAAGAGGCUCCCCCCGGAGAAGACAUGCCCCUGAAGACCGAGGCCAGGCAGGAGGCAGGAGAUGGGAGCCACAUCUUGGGGCCGAUGGACCCAGACAAGCUCCGGGAAAUGGUCCUGUCCAUCCGACAGCAGCUCUACAGCCAGAACGAAGCGGAAGUCAGCAAGCGCUGGAACUUUGAGGAAGGGAUCAAAAGGCCGUACUUCCACGUGAAACCGCUGGAGCGUGCCCAGCUGCGGAAUUGGCGGGACUACCUGGACUUCGAGAUCGCCAACGGCUCGCACGAGCGGACCAUCAUCCUCUUCGAACGCUGCGUCAUCGCCUGCGCCCUCUAUGAGGAGUUCUGGAUCAAGUACAUAAGGUACCUCGAGAGCCACAGUAUAGCUGGGGCCAGGAGCGUCUUCCAGCGAGCUUGCUGUUACCACCUCCCUCGGAAACCCAACAUCCAUCUCCUGUGGGCAGCGUUUGAAGAGAAGCAUGGUGAGGUGGAGGAAGCCCGGCGCAUCCUCCGCUCUUUUGACGAGUGCGUGCCCGGCCUGGCCAUGGUGCGCUUGCGGCGCGUCAGCCUGGAGCGCCGCCUGGGGAACACGGAGAUGGCCGAGACCCUGCUGAUGGAAGCCAUCCGGGAGAACGAAGGCAUGCCCGUCUCGUCCUUCUAUUCCGUCAAACUGGCCCGGCUGGUCCUGAAGGCGCAGAAGAAUCUCGCCAAAGCCCGGAAGAUCCUCUUGGAUGCGUUGGAGAAAGACCCGGACAACGCCAAGCUGUACGCCAACCUUCUGGAGAUGGAGUUCAGUGCCGACGUCCGCCAGAACGAAGGCAACACCAUGAGUAGCUUCGACAGAGCCUUGACCAGCGGCCUGCCCCUGGAGACCAAGAUCAUUUUCUCCCAGCGCCGGGUGGAGUUCCUGGAGGACUUCGGGUCAAGCAUAAACAGCUUAUUGACGUCGUACGACGAGCACCAGAAACUCCUGAACCAGCAGAUGCUUCGGAAGAGGCUCUUGGAAAAUGGCAGCGCCGAGGAGGCCGACGACAAAAGGUUGCGGCUGGACGACGCAGCGGCCGGAGGGGGCAACGUGGCCGUCGCCACCGCAGGCAUCACGCCCUUGAUGGCGACAGACGUCACCAACAGCGGAAGCGGGGCUUAUAACUACAACACGUGGUAUCAGAACUACAGUAACUACGGCUAUCAGAACACAUGGAACUAUAACCAGUAUUACCAGCAAACCUGAAAGCUGCCGAGAGGGAUUGGCCCGCCGCCUCUCUGGAACUGAGCGGCAACUCGAAUCCAUACAAGCAAAACAGUCUCGCUGCGCCCCCCGUUGCAUCCUUCUAGAGGGGCAGCUUAACUUGUCCCCCCCACGCUUCCACUCUGGCCCUCUGAAGUGCCCCAUCAUUGCCAGCUAGGAUUUUUUUUGGUGAUUUUCCCCAGACUUUGAAAUUCGUUACUGCCUGCGGAUCAGGCAUGGAAGAUUCGAAAUCACAGAUUCUGUGUAGAACUUGAGGGGGCUCGCCCACACUUCUUCCAAAAUCCCAAUGAGGAGUGAAUGACCGUGGCGCCUUCCGGACUCCCAGGAUGAAAUUCAGCGAAAUCAAUUUCUCGGCAAUGGCGCCUCGUUUGUUUGUUUUUUUUAACUUUUCCUCCUCUGUACAUUUCAUGUGUUGCAAAUGUAAAUAAACAGGAAUUCAUUACAA